AUGUAUCGUCUAUUUGCGUGCGCACUCCUCCUCAACUUGGUUGCCGGACAUUUCUGGCAUCACGACCACAACCAUGGCUGCGGCGGCCACGACCACGGCCACGGCCGCUGGGGUCACCACUGGGGCCGCCACCACCAGGAAGUCAGCGACUACGACAGACUCUCGCAGUGCCUCGGCGCCGUCGACCAGAUCAUGAAGACCAGUUGCGCGCAGAGCCCGUACAGCAGGACCAAGGAGUUCGUGGGCACCGAAUUUUACUCGCUGAAGUACAGCCUCCAGGAGUUCCCGCAGGACAGCAUUUCCGUCAAGGUGAAGAACCGCGCGGUGUACGUAACAGCAACCCAACCGGGAAUACCGGACUUCAAAGACUUGAGGGUCCUGCCGCACUUCGUCGACGUGUCUCGUGCCAACUGGUUCGUUGAAGACAGUUUGCUCACAGUUCUGUUCCCUUACAAGAACCAGCACCAAGACGGACGUCGCAUUGGGUUGCGUCGACGGCGACAACACCGAAAUCGUGGUGCCCAAGCAGACUGUUUCGUCGAA